AUGACCGGUUUUCUGAUACCCGACGACUACAAAUAUAACAAGCCAAGCAUCGAUGACAUGAACAUUGCCAGCAUCGCCUGGGGAUUCUCCCUGGGCGUGUGCAUCUUUACCGGAGCAAAGGGCAUGAGGCAGACGGUCAAAUCGUGGAAGAGAGGGCGGAGGACCAACAUUUACCUCAUCAUGCUGUGGACAGAGUGGGCCAGCAGCACCAUCAUGAGUGCCAUUACUUGGUUUUACUUGCGUGGCCAUAUUCCCCCUAGCUUUGCCAUUUUCUUCGUCAUUGUCUUCCUUUGGGCGGUCCAAAUCCAGACUCUAAUGCAAAUCAUCAUAAACCGAAUCUCCAUUCUCAUGGUAGUCCGACAAAACGCAUGGAAGCUCAAGUUGGGGAUUUUCCUAAUUCUGCUCGCCAUCAACGUCAGCGUCUUUUGUAUCUGGGUUCCCGCACGACUGCAGAUCAGCAAUACUUUUAUCCGCGUCAAUAAUAUUUGGGAUCGCAUCGAGAAGUGCAUUUUCCUCAUCAUCGAUGCUAGCCUGAACCUGUACUUCAUUCACCUGGUCAAGUCUCGACUUAUUGCGAAUGGCCUCACCAAGUACACUCGACUAUUCAACGUCAAUCUUGGCAUGAUUGGAAUUUCCAUCACCAUGGAUGUCCUCCUUGUUGGAAUGAUGUCUCUUCCUAAUGACAUUGUAUACCUCCAAUUCCACCCUCUGGCAUACCUCGUCAAGCUCCACAUCGAAAUGAACAUGGCCGACCUCAUUACCAAAGUUGUCAAGGCCAGCAACCCGGCCGACUAUGCAGGCUACUCCAACUCUCUUUCUCGCUCUAAUCCGAAGAGUUCACAAAACGGUGCGACCAAUGGUAGCAAGAAGAUGGCUUCAAUGUUCACCAGAGGAAAUAGAACCUAUAUCGAGACAGGAGGAGACGAUAUUGAGUUGACAGCAGCCGAAGGUGCUGGCGGAAUUAAAAAGACAAUAACGUCCCAGGUUGUCAUCAAGCCAGCAAGACAAUCAGAGUAUGAAGAGCAAGACUUGGCCAGCGUUUCAAGUUCAACGCGUCAGUUGCAUGAAGUGCGCCAAGCAGUGUAA